CCAUAUCUUCUCAUCCACUCUCAUCUUGUCUUCUUUGUUCUUUCUUAGACCAUAUUUCAAAACCAAAAGAAUUACAGCCAUAUAGAAGGAGAGAGAGAUCGAUGGCUCCUGUUUCAUUGCCUCCUGGUUUUCGUUUUCAUCCUACUGAUGAGGAACUAGUGGUGUAUUAUCUGAAGAGGAAGAUUAAUGGGCGUCAGAUUGAGUUGGAGAUCAUUCCUGAAGUUGAUCUAUACAAGUGUGAGCCUUGGGACUUACCAGCAAAGUCAUUGUUACCCAGCAAAGAUCUUGAAUGGUAUUUCUUCAGUCCCCGAGAUCGGAAGUACCCAAAUGGAUCCAGGACUAACCGUGCAACAAAAGCUGGAUAUUGGAAAGCCACCGGUAAGGACAGAAAAGUUAACUCUCAGAUGCGAGCCGUGGGCAUGAAGAAAACCCUAGUCUACUAUCGUGGGAGAGCACCCCACGGUUCCAGAACCGACUGGGUCAUGCAUGAAUAUCGUCUUGACGAGAAAGAAUGCGAAUCUUCUUCUUUAGGUCUCCAGGAUGCAUAUGCACUUUGUCGCAUAUUCAAGAAAAGUGUGACGCCUGUUCCAAAGGCUGAGGAGAUGGAUUAUGCAACUAGAGCUGCUAAACAGAUAACUAGUGAGCAUUCUUCUAGUGUUGAGUUGUAUUCUGAUCAGGGAAGAUGCGAAGACAGCUCGGAUUAUGCCAUGGCUCCAUUUGAUACAUGUUCCCCUGAAAUCGGUCAUAGAUCAUCCCUUGAUGCUUGUGAAGAUGCAUUUAGCUUUGCCUCACCAUCUUUUUCAAAUUAUGGAGCCUUACAUCCUCCUUCCAAUGUAUGUUUAAAGGUCGAUGUUGCAUUAGAAUGUGCAAGGUUGCAGCAUCGGUUGUCAUUGCCACCGUUGGUAGUUGAAGACUUCCCUCAAGUUGGACUAACUCAUGACUACAAAUUCGAGCGGCCGGCUUCAUCAGGCCAAAAUGAAAGUACUGAUAUUUUGCAGGAGAUUCUUUCUGUAGCUCAUGCUUCUCAGCAAAUGACAAAUCAACCAGCCCAUCAAAACAUGUAUUGGGGCACUACACCUCCUAAUGCUCAUGAUUUCUCUUUCAUGACCCCCAAAGAGACAUACCAAACUCAAUUCGAGGAGAUGAACACAAGGACAGUACAGAGAGGUAAUCUAGACGAAGAUUUUAAGGCAGAGAGGAUGAUCGAAAAUUUGAGAUGGCUCCACAAAGAUCUAGACCAGAGUUGCAUGGAAGAACAUAAGAUUGUUCCAAUAGAAACUAUUUCUAGUUUUCGGAGAAAGGAAGAAGAAAAUCAAUUUCCAGAAUUCAAUGACAAUGACAUAAAUGACUUUGCGCUUGGAUUCAUUGAUGAUAACAACGAAAACUAUUUAGAUGAGGGCCAAGCGGAUGAUAAUCACACAAACUCACCAAGCUUUGAGGUUGUUGAGGAGAUCAAAGUUAGUCGAGGGAUGUUCAUUUCUACACGGCAAGCAGCAGAGACAUUCUUUCACCAAAUAGUGCCUUCUCAGACAGUGAAAGUCCACCUAAACUUCAACGUUGAUCAGAAGGCAGAGAUUAAUCAUGGAAUUAGUUUCUUUAGAAAGUUCAAGUCAUUCGCUCAGCUAGCCGCUGCAGCCCUCUUCGGAAUUUUUCUUCUCUUGAUGCAUUGUUUUUCUCUGGAUGAUGAGGAAAAUCUCAUGAAUGAGAAGCCAUGCAUAGAGGGCAAUGGAAAACUAGAAUCAGAAUUGGGGAACGAGAAGAAAGGAAAGCUUUUGACGGUUAAUGCAAAUGGCAAGCUCUUGAAGAAGUUAGGAUUUUUCCUCACAAUUUCUUUGGCCCUUUGUGUACAAUGUUGGGGGGCGGAUUAUACUAACCCUCUCUUGAUUUGAUGAUUAACUUACAUGACAUCUAACUGUUGCUACUAAUCGAAAUUAAGGCAUAACAUAGCCUUAUAUACUGUAGUUUUUAUGUGAAAUAAUAUUGUAAUUGACAU